AUGGCACCUAAAGAUUUUGUCAAUAUUGAUUGGAAUUAUUUCUAUUACCAUUUAAUUAAAAUGGACAAUGAACAUGAAGAAGAAAAAGAAGCAACUAAUUUAACAAAUGGCCAACGUGCUUCAUCCCUUGAUUCACUUGAACAAACUGAUUUAAUAUCAACAACAAGUGAAAGUCUUCGCUUUAUUAGCGGAUAUCAUAAAUGGAUAAAUACAGAUGAUCGAAUUCGUGUUGAUAAACUAAUUGAUUAUGAUCAUCAGAAUAGUAAUCAAACAGAUAUUAUGCUUAGUACUGAUGAUCAUAAUUCAAUUCAACAAAAUACUUUAUCAGCAAAUGAUAUUGAUAUUAUGUUUAAAACUCAUUCUGAAAACGAGGAGGACGAAGAUAAUUAUGAAAAUAGUCUAAGUCAUAUGGAUAUAUCUUUAAAUCAUUUUGAUGUUCAAAAUCAAAAUAAUGAUGGUCGAUUAGAACAAUCAUUUCGUGAUGAAACAUUCUCCUCGAUAUUAUCAAAUGUUUAUCAAACGGACAAGCUUAAUCUAAAUUCACAAACAUUAGAAAUCGAGAUGGAUAAUGGUGAUAACAAUUCAGAGAAAACGAAUGAAUAUUCACAACAUCGUAAUAAUCAUGAUGAAUCUUAUAGAAGAAAUCGUCAAGCGAAUGGUGCAUCAAAUAAUGAUAAUAAUACUAAUAAUAGUGACGAUGGAAAUAGAUCAAAUCCAAAUAGAAAUAAUAAUAAUUCAAGAAGAUCGGAUGAUGAUCGUAGUGAAGGAAACGAUGGUGACGAUGACAAUGACGAUGAUAAUGAUGCUGAUGACGAUGAAGAUCAUGACGAUGAAAGCGACGAAAAUAUUGCUCGUCGAUUAGGAUUUUUACCAAUAGAUAGUGAAACAAUACAUAUUAUAGGCCGUUUACGUAAUUUAACAAAUAAGCAAUCAUUUGAUCGACGAGAUUUUGAAACUCUUCAAUCGUUAACUGAUGAAUUAAUACAACUUCAACAUUUAGAAAAUUCUUCUAAAUACCAAUUGAAACAAAUAGUUCGUUAUCUUAAAUUAUACCGUCCGCUAAGUACUAAAUCUCAUGCAUUAGUAUUUAUUCAAGAACGUAUACCAAGACGUGCAGUUAAAUAUAAUGUUAUUGCAGCAACUCAUGAAAAUGGCCAUAAUGUAUUCAAUAUAUGGCGUGAACGUGAGCGACGUGCACGAUUAGAUUCAAAAGAUAGUUUAGAAGAUGAUAUACAAAUUGCUAGUGGACAACAACUACGUGAUGUUACUGAAAUAAACCAUCCAACACCUCCCAUACUACUACUAUCAAUGCAAAGUUCAAGUUCAAGUCUAACAAGUAAAGUUAAACAAAUGGCAAGAAAUAUUGAUACACGAUCAACAUCGACACGUGCGGAAAUUAAUAUAAAUGCAGGUGAUCGAUUUAGUGAUCAUGCUUAUACAGCAAGAAGUUCUUCGCCAACAUAUCCAGGCAUUGUUUCAGUUGCACUCUAUGAUAUUAAAUCAACCAAUAAGAAUGAUGGCUCCUAUAAUGAAAGUUCCAAUGAAGAUCGUUUACGUAAUAAACCAACGAGUAAUCCAGCAAGUUCACUAUCUCCUACACCAUCAGAACCGAGUCGUGUACGACAAAUGAUUGAUCGUCUUGAAUCAUCAUCAUCGUCAUCGAUAAAUACAAAGGCAGAAAAAAAAGCUUCAAUCAAAAAAUCGUUACACGAUGAGAAUUCUGAUGGCUCAACCUAUUUUACAUCAUCACCACCUUACAAACGUUUUGCACCGCGAAAUUAUCAUGAACGAAAUAUAUUAAAUGGACAUAGUAAUACGAAUGGAGAAAAUUUUGGUUUUACUCAAAGUGAUUCCAAUGAUGAAGUCUUUUUUCAAAACAAUAAGUCUACUAGUGAAAAACCAAAAGAAACAAAAUUUGAACUUAAAAGAGAAGAAAUCAAAAAUGAAAGUCGACGUAAAAUUAGUGGAACAACCAUGGACGAAUAUGCUCCUAGUCUUCAUUCGGACACAGAAACAUCUGUUUCCAUGGUUCGCGAUGUUCGUACACGUGUGUUCGACGAUGCAAGUAUUCUAUCUCGAAACAAUCAUGACAAUAUUCCAAUUAAAGUUGAUGUUGAAACAUUGUACAUAUUAGAACAAAAAUCUGAGAGAAAAUGUGUAUUAACAAAUGGUCAUAUACAUAAACCAGAUUAUGAAUAUAAUCAGCCAUCAAUACCAACUGAACGACAAGAUUUUGGUAUGCAAACAACGACACCAACAUCAACACUUAAACCAUCAAAUCGACCUGUAGGGACACAAGUAGAAAAAACUGUUGAACAACACACAGUUGGAGCUCAAACAACUGAUUCAUUACAUCGACCAAUAAAAGAACGACAACGUUUACCAUCAAUCGCAAGUCAAGAUGAUGAAAAUAAAAAAGUAACAACAGCAGUUACAACAACAACAACAACGACAACAACAAGAUACGAAAUAAAACGACGCCAUUCAAGUCAUCGUGUUAGUGAAGAUGAUGAUGAUGAUGGUGGUGCUGUUAUUUAUAUUGAUGAUGAAACGAAAAAAACCGAUUACGAAGAUAAUUUUGAGUUAAAACGUGAAAAACGUCCAUCAUCAAGUGACGAUCAUCUUCCUGUCGUACCAGAGAAACGGCCAACAUUUGGUCAAAUAACAUCACGUAUACGUAUUGAUCAAUUGCGUGAUAUAAAUCGUCAUGUUGUUCGUCGUCAUUUACAAGAAAAUGAUUAUAACGGAGAAGAAUAUCGUUCAUCAGAAGUCUAUGAAAUUCAUACACGUGGUGCAUGUAAAUGUGUUGUUGUAUCAAGUGAAGAAAAAACUCAAUAUGGCUCUGAAACACGUUUUGAAAAACAACUUCAACGUAUAGAACGUACAUAUACAGAUGAAGAAUUAAAAGUAACAGAAUUACAUGUUAUUGUUACGACAUCGGAUAAAAAUUAUCAAUUAGUUAAACGUGAUUAUGGUGCAAGUAAAAAAGAUAAUUUUGAAAAAGAAAAAGAAAAUGAAAAACUACGACAACCAUCAAUAUCAGUACAUUAUUAUACAAGAGAUGGACAUCCUAUAAGAACGGAAUAUGGUAGACGUCUUGAACAUUUACCAUUAGUUAUCCGAUGUGAAAUUGAAUAUGAACUCAAUCAUUAUGGUAAAUCUCAAUUGAUCGUAUUAUCUGUAACAAACAAUGAACGUCGUCAAUUGAAUAUAUCUCUUAAAAAAGAAUUAGUCGAUGAAAUUGUAUCACAUUCAGGUGGUCGUCUAUCGGCCAAUAGUCCUGAAUUAGAAAACGAAAUCACUCGACAAUUAGCUGAACCAACAACACUUUUACAUCUUGUCGAUUAUUCAUCACGUGAUGACUAUAAUCCAACAAAUUCAACUGAUUUACGUCGCGUAUCACGUAUUGAUGUAACAACAUCACUACGUCUUGUACAACGUUUUCGUUCCAUUAUACAUCGCCUUUGUCAACUACAUCGUUCACAUUUACAUUUAACACAUUCCAAUGAACAACAACGUCAUUUAAUAUUAAUUGCACAAGAUGAAUAUUAUAUAUUAGAUUUAACCUCGCCAACAUCUGCUAUGCCAACAAAUAUAUCCGAUAUUCGACAACGACAACAUGAUAUAUUUAAACGAGAAGUAAAUAGUGCUAUUGAACAACAACAACAACAACAACAGCCAUUUGAUUAUGCAAAAUAUCGUCGUGAUACUGAACAACAACAACAAAUACUUGCACAACAUCUUCGACAGAAACACAUCGAACAAAAACAUAAAUCUCAACAAACCUAUACAGGACCACCGCCACCUGGACAUCCGUCCGAAGCAGAAUUUUAUCUCGGUACUCAACGGCGUACAUUUAUUGAAAGUGAAAUUAAUUCAAUUCGCGAAUCAAUACGUCCACAUGAACAUGCUCCACCGCGUUAUAAACAUGAGCCAGCACGUCGAUCAUUAUCAAUAUCUUACACAGGCGGACAACGUUAUGUUCGCGCACGUAUUAUUCACGUUAAAGAUUUUUAUGAUGAAACUCAUCAACGUGAACAAAAACAACAACGACAAGCCAAAGAACAAGAACUAUUUGUUCGUGUUGAUGAUUUUAUCAAUCAAGCAGCAGCAAAUUCUCUACGUCGUUCAUAUUCGACAGAUUAUUUACAAGAAGAUGGGCCACGUUCAAGAAUUCGCUAUAUUCGUAUACCUGGCGAAACAAUUAGAAUUGAAGAAAAAAUAACGCAUGCAUAUAAAGGAGUCAUGUAUGCAAAUUUACCUUAUUCAUUGAAAUAUUGGAAUAUACUUUAUAUUCUCGAUUGUGAAGCUCGUCAAGGUCGUCCACUUGGUUCAACACUGCCUCAAGUUAUUGUCAAUGAUCCGUAUCGUGCAGUGAUACCCCCAUUGACACAACAAGAAAUUCGCCAAACUGCUCAACAAAUUCUUUCGCCACAAUACAAUGGAAAAUCAUAUACAGAUCAAACAUUACGUUGGUUUCUAUCACGAGAUAAUCGGACUGAAAUUGAAUCAGCUAAAUACUUACAAACUAUUGAUCACUAUCGGGCACACCAACAACAGCAAGAAACCAAUGUUUCUAUUGAUGGUCAUAGACCAGCAGGACCCUCAAACGAAUAUUACGUGACUGAAAAAUUUGUUCGUUAUGAAAAAAUGCCCGAUCGACUUGUACCAGUGACAACUAAUAAUCGAGUACAAUCAACAGAAAAUUUACAUCAUCGAUCACCAUCAAUUCCUCAAAUUCUUCAACCUCCUAAUUACGUGCCACGUUCUCAAUCACAACCACAAUCCCAUUAUCAAUCCUCAAUAUUAUCUCGUGGUUCAGUUUGUCACACGCCUUCCCAGCAACAACAACAACAACAACAACAACAACAACAACAACAACAACAACAGCAAAGAUCCAAAUUACAAUCUAUGCAAUCACCUCUAUCUCGACAUCAAUCAGUAAAUGAAUUACAUGCAACUUCCGCCUUUUCACAUCCACCUUCACCUUCACCAUCAUUUCAUAGUCUGCAUAGUAAUCAACAUCAUCAUCAUAUCAACCAUAAUAAUCGACGGCCCAUUUCGUUUAAUAAUCGAUUUUCAUCCCAGCAACAACAAAAAAAUGCGAUAUUAACAGAAAUAAUUGACAGUCAAACAGGACGGCGAAUUCUAACAACAAGUCAAGAGCAACUACCGACUGAAGUACUCGGUCUUUUAAAUAAAUAUAAUUUACAACAAUUUUAA